AUGCUCGUUAACAUAAGGGAUUUACUGAAGAAGAAAGACAAAAUGCCUUUCAAAGGGCUUGGUUCACUGAAAGAAAGAUUUUUUAACCCAGGAAAGGAAGAGGUGAAGAACACCAUUAGCGAUUCGCUGGGGAAUCUGAGAAGGAAGCUCGAUGGCACCAAUGUGGAGGAGGAGCCCCUGGAGCUGACGGCGGAGGGGCGGCCCGUGGUGGCGAGCGGGCGCCGGGCCGCGCCGUGCGAGUGCCACUGCUGCGGCCUACCCAAGCGCUACAUCAUCGCCAUCAUGAGCGGCCUGGGCUUCUGCAUCUCCUUCGGCAUCAGGUGCAACCUCGGCGUGGCCAUCGUGGAGAUGGUCAACAACAACACUGUCUAUGUCGAUGGAAAACCAGAGCUGAGGACAGCCCAAUUCAACUGGGAUCCAGAGACUGUAGGACUCAUUCAUGGCUCUUUUUUCUGGGGUUACAUUGUGACACAAAUUCCAGGAGGGUUCAUAGCAAAUAAAUUGGCUGCUAACAGGGUAUUUGGUGCAGCUAUCUUUCUAACAUCUACACUGAACAUGAUCAUCCCUUCUGCAGCAAGAGUGCAUUAUGGAUGUGUGAUGUUUGUAAGAAUUCUUCAAGGUUUGGUGGAGGGUGUCACGUACCCAGCCUGCCACGGGAUGUGGAGUAAGUGGGCCCCGCCGCUGGAGAGGAGCAGGCUGGCUACCACUUCAUUCUGUGGGUCUUACGCAGGAGCAGUGGUGGCCAUGCCCCUGGCAGGAGUGCUGGUACAGUACAUAGGAUGGUCAUCAGUCUUUUACAUUUAUGGAAUGUUUGGGAUUGUUUGGUAUGUGUUUUGGCUGCUUCACGCCUAUGAGAGCCCUGCUGUGCAUCCAACAAUAACCAAUGAAGAAAGGAUAUAUAUAGAAACAAGUAUAGGAGAAGGAACCAGCCUAGCUAAUGCAAGUAAAUUUAGUACUCCGUGGAAGAGAUUUUUCACUUCAAUGCCAGUUUAUGCAAUCAUUGUGGCAAACUUCUGCAGAAGCUGGACCUUCUACUUGCUCCUUAUAAGUCAACCUGCUUACUUUGAAGAAGUCUUUGGAUUUGCAAUAAGCAAGGUUGGACUUUUGUCUGCAGUUCCUCACAUGGUCAUGACAAUCAUUGUGCCCAUUGGAGGGCAACUAGCUGACUUCUUACGGAGCAGGAAGAUCUUAACCACUACCACUGUAAGGAAGGUCAUGAACUGUGGAGGUUUUGGGAUGGAAGCAACCUUGCUUUUGGUGGUUGGUUAUUCUCACACAAAAGGUGUGGCUAUUUCCUUUCUGGUGUUAGCAGUAGGCUUCAGUGGCUUUGCAAUUUCAGGCUUCAAUGUGAAUCACUUGGACAUAGCCCCUCGUUAUGCCAGCAUUCUGAUGGGGAUCUCCAAUGGUGUGGGGACGCUGUCAGGAAUGGUGUGCCCACUCAUCGUUGGUGCAAUGACAAAGCAUAAGACCCGUGAGGAAUGGCAGAACGUCUUUCUGAUUGCAGCCCUGGUGCAUUACAGUGGUGUGAUAUUCUAUGCUAUCUUUGCCUCUGGGGAGAAGCAGGAAUGGGCUGAUCCCGAAAACCUCAGUGAAGAGAAAUGUGGUAUAAUUGAUCAGGAUGAACUGGCAGAAGAAACAGAGAUGAACAAUGAAACUUUUGUAAGCCCAAAGAAAACGUAUGGUGCUACCAGUCAAAAUAGUGAAGUACAGAGAAGGGAAUGGAGGAAGCAAAAGCAAGUAACUCAAGACAUGGAGGAAGAGACUACUUACCAUUAUGAAAAUGGAAAUUUUCAAGAUUUGUCUUAACACUUGAAACUGUAAGAUUUGUAUAGCAGCUACUCCCAUGACUCCUGCCUAGCUGCCCCAAAUCAUCAGGUAUUCACAUUUAUUGUCUUAUUCAAUUAUGUAACAUCUGGCCACAUGGCUAGAUUUGAAGGGUGAUAGUUCCCUCCCAGUGGUGUGUAAAAUGCUAACAAUAGGACUGGGAUAAGUGAUCCUAAAUCCUCUCCUAGCCAUUAUAUGACCUUGGGAGAUCUUCUGUGCCAGUUAGAUGACCAGCCCUGGCAGGGCUCCUGCUUGAUGCAAGCUGUAGAACUUACUGUAGGAGCAAGGAGUUCCCUCAUCAUCUCAUCUGAACGGAGAAAGGACAAGUGAUACCAGAUGGUGGGUCCAUGGUGAUCUGUGUAAUCCCUGGGUCUCCAGUGGUGUCACAGUCUGUAAUGAGCAGCCCUGCUUUGCCUUUUUAGGUUUCCUGUAGGGUGGCAUUUGAACCGCUUAAUUCAUUUCAAACCACAAGCUCAUGCUAAAAGAUCAGAGCAGAGGGAAAAGUAGAUUUAUGACAGUAGGCUGUAAUUAAUUACUAAUAGUCACUCAACAAGGGCAAGAGGAACAUGUGGCAGAGGUGGCACAGGAUUCCUUCAACAGUUCAUACAAACUGAUUGGCAGAUAUCUGUAUAUGCACACCCCACAGAGUGUGGAUAAGACCAUAAAAUGGAUACUUGUAAAAUUUCUCCCCCUACACAGAUUUUGUGCUGGCAUGAAGUAAUUUUGAAAACAAAAUCAUCAUUAGUGAUGCAGUAUUAAUAAUCCUUAUGAAAGGAAAUCUUAGCUCUGUUUUGAUUAGGAUUCUCACUCAAUUCAUCAUUGUGCAGCAAUUUGAAUAUAUUUUUCUAGUAUUAUACUGACAGAGUUCCUGCUCUCAACACCAACAGUUCUCGGUUAGGUGAACGAGCUUUCUUACAGGAGUAUUUAGUUCUGGAUCUGUAACUUUUCAAUGCCUCAGUCUUGUUCUUGCUAUGAAUGAAGUACUGUACCAUUUGAGAGUCAACAGGGUACCUAUGUAUAAAAGUAAUUAUCCUCUGCCAUUGGUGUACAUUUGACAGUAUAAAGUGGCUUUGGCCUUUUUCUACCAUUUUUAGAAUCAAACAGUGGAGCAUGCUGUAUCAUCUCAGUUAGCUGCAACUCAGAGACUCAUUGUGGCAUUAAUACUCUUUUCAGAAUGGAUAAUUUCAGUAAAAUGUGAUUUAAUUUGUCUCUCAUUAUGACUACUGCCUCAUUAAAUUCAAGUGAAAGCGA